GCGAUUUUUUUUAUUUGUUCUACACGAAAAUCAGUGAAAUGUUGUUGUUGGCGUACUAAUCUGCACGUUUAUUACUUCUCUACGAUUUCGAUCAGCCUUCAUGAGGAGAUAAUUGCUUGUUUAUAAUUUGCUAAAGUGAGAUCAUCUCUCUUCAUUAAUUUCAGUGAUGAUAAUAAGAAUACCAUGGCGUUUACAAAUAGUAAUCGCUUUUUUAAUUACGACGAUAUCAGGUAAUCCCCUGUUUCUGCAGCAAUCGGGCAGAAAUAUUAAACCUGUUAUAAAAUGGAGACCACCUAUGGAUACUUGGAAUUGGACCGAGACACCUCGUAACGAAGAACCAUUUUUCAAGCCAUCAAACUUCACACACAAACUACCUCCAUCUGCUAAUGAAACAGAACUGAUUGCUCAUAUGGCAGCCUUAAAACGAAAUUACUCCCGACUUUUAUGGGAUAGUGACAAAAGUUCAAAUUUACCCCUCUUCGUAGAUAAAGCAUUAAAAUUGCUUAAUUUAAAACAAGUUUACUAUGAAGUCGAACAUUCCGUUAUGUCAAAAGUAUCCUGUACUGCAUGCAAAGCUGGCGCUGGGUUAUUGCAGCAUUACAUGAGACUCGGUAAAAGCAAAGAAGAAAUCAAUAAAAUGAUAUAUCAAUUCUGUGUCUCAUUAAAUAUUCAGUCUGCAAGAGUUUGUGAAGGAAUCACGAGACUAUUUGGGAGUGAAGUAGUUUACGUGUUAAAAAGAAUCACAAUCGGUCCGGACGAAAUAUGCAGUUUUGUUAUUGGAGAUGCUUGUGGUGACGUUUAUAAUCCCUAUCACGAAUGGGAGGUGGCCUUCCCUCCGGUCCCGAAGCCGGCAGUGCGUGCCCUCGAAGCACCAAUUGAAAAGGCUCCAACCUUCAAAGUUCUGCAAAUUUCUGAUACUCACUUUGACCCAUACUACGCUGAAGGUGCCAACGCCGAAUGCAAUGAGCCUCUUUGCUGUCGUGCAUCUAGCGGUCCCGCAUUGACCCCGGGAGGUGGAGCAGGCCGUUGGGGCGACUACCGCAAGUGUGAUACGCCUAAACGCACCAUCGACCACAUGUUAAAACAUAUAGCUGAUACACAUACCGACAUAGACUACAUAUUAUGGACCGGGGAUCUACCACCUCACGAUGUAUGGAACCAAACGAAGGAAGAAAAUCUUAAAGUUCUUCAAGAAACUGUUGCUCAAAUGUCAGAUAUGUUCCCUGGUGUACCGAUCUUUCCUGCCCUUGGUAAUCACGAAUCUUCACCGGUUAACAGUUUCCCUCCACCGUACAUCUCGUCUUCAGAAUCGAACAUCGCGUGGUUGUAUAAUGAACUGGACGCACAGUGGCGGCGCUGGCUGCCCGCCGGCGUGUCCCACACCGUCCGUCGUGGAGCCUUCUACUCCGUGCUCGUCCGACCCGGCUUCCGCAUUAUAUCGCUUAACAUGAACUAUUGCAAUAAUAAAAACUGGUGGCUCUUACUAAACAGUACAGACCCGGCUACAGAAUUGCAGUGGUUUAUUUAUGAAUUACAAUCGGCUGAAUUUAACGGUGAAAAGGUUCACAUAAUUGGCCACAUCCCACCCGGACAUUCCGAUUGUCUUAAGGUGUGGAGCAGAAAUUAUUACGCUAUAAUUAAUAGAUAUGAGUCAACAAUAACCGCUCAGUUCUUUGGCCAUACGCACUUCGAUGAAUUUGAAGUGUUUUACGAUCCAAAUGAUUUAGGGAGAGCAACGAGUAUAGCUUAUGUGGGACCUUCUGUAUCACCAUACUAUGACUUAAACUUAGGAUAUAGAAUAUAUUAUGUCGAUGGUGAUCACGAUGCUACAACUAGAUUAGUAGUUGAUCACGAAACCUGGAUCAUGAAUUUAAAGGAAGCUAAUCUAUUUGGCUAUCCAAUAUGGUAUAAAUUAUACUCAACGCGGUCAGCCUACAUGAUGCCAUCACUUCGCCCACAGGAUUGGGACAAGUUUAUAGACGACAUGACUUCAAAAGAAGAUGUAUUUAACUUAUAUCACAAACAUUACUGGAAAAAUAGUCCGCGUCGUGGGACAUGCGACGGGGAAUGUCGCAAGCGCCUCAUCUGCGAUGCGCGUUCCGGACGAUCGCACGACCGGCGCGCACUGUGCGGACACAUCGAAGCGCGCAUCGAUGGCGCCGCACCGACGCCGCAGACGUGGCGCGCCUGGCUCUACAAUGGCCUGUCCGUCUCAGUAUCGAUGUUGAUGCAAAUACCACAAGUUGCUUAUCAAAUACCAAAGUUUGUAAUGGGUCUCGGUUGAAAAUUAAGAAAAUAAAAUUUUAAGGCUAAGUCUCCACGCCACUGGAUUGUACUAGAACAAAGACUUUCAAGUACAUAUUUAAUUUUAUAAGAAAACAAAAGUUAGUCUAACUUAACCAUAUAAUAUAUUUAGUCUGUAACUAGUUUGAAAACUAAAAUGUCAUCGAUAAGAUUCUGUAAAUAUCUUCUGUAAAUUGUGUAAUUAUUUGUUUUUCUUUAGGAACUUUAUAUCUUCUUAAUAAAAA